CAGUCUCAGCUAUUUCCACCAAUAGGUUCCCAGCAGCAUCAAUAAGAGCAGAGUGUAAUCGAUUGGUCAGGUCUUGUUGGCGGCUAAUGUGACUGAGAUCGGUCUAAUGGCGACUAACGCGACUAAUCAGUCUCAGCUAUUGCCUCUUGAGCUUGUGGACAAGUGUAUAGGAUCACGCAUUCACAUUGUGAUGAAAAGCGAUAAAGAAAUUGUUGGCACACUCCUAGGAUUUGAUGAUUUUGUCAACAUGGUGCUAGAAGAUGUUACAGAAUUUGAAAUCACACCUGAAGGACGAAGAAUCACGAAGUUAGAUCAGAUUUUGCUAAAUGGAAAUAACAUAACAAUGCUGGUUCCUGGAGGAGAAGGACCAGAAGUAUAAAUGCAUUCAUUUACCAUCACUGAAGACUUUCUGUUAAAUAUAUUGUAAGAAUAUCUUGAUGAAACUUUUUUAUUUUUAUGUUUAAAGUUAUUUGAAUAAAAAGUAAACUUUCCUUUUAAAAGAAUGCAUCAUUAAUGAUGACUUUAAGUUAAAAUCAUGACUGUUGUAAAGGCAAAAUAAUCUGCUGUUCAGAGCAAGGCAAUAAAGUGUUUUUUAAUGUUAAA